UAUCAAAAUCUUUAUCUUUUGAGGUGUUUCGGUAUGUUUCGGCCAAUAAUUCAGAAUGUGUUGGAAAUAAAUUUUCAUUUUUUUUUCCUGAAAUGUUUUCAAAGAGUUUUUGUUUCCGAGCUGAUCGAAAAUAAGCACUGAAAUGGAAUGUUGAUGCUCGCCAAAGGAUAUGGGUAUUAUUAUUGUGUUCAACAUUUCAUUUUACCAUUACGAGCAUAAUGUUCCUCAUGGUGAAUGAGCUACUGUUCUCUUUCCAUCGGCACCAAACAUUGAAAGAAGUUGACCAUACAGUUGAUUUUCAAAUAGCUGCAGCAUGGCAGUGGCUACCAGAAAUACUGUGAUGCGGAAGGGGUCUUCCUCUUUCAGGCACAUGGAUCUCAGCCAAAGAGUUCCAUUGAUCCACACGAGCAGUAACUCUCUUUUACUAGUCAGUGCCAAAUCUUCUAAAUUGGGAAGAGAUGAUGAUGGAAACGACACCGAUGGAGCUUGCGGGGAUUCAGCCCACAACUCUCCUACCUCGAAGACAUGGGCAAGGCUAAGUAGCCAAAGGGGGCAACCACCCCCAUAUUGGUGGAACUCCCAGUUAGCCUUGGAUUUUGUGGCGCAAAAUUAUGAUCCCGAGGGAGAAUAUGUAGCGUUCUGGUUGCCGGAGUUACAAGUACUUCCAAACGAUAAAAGGAACUUCCCUGGACAGUUGUAUAUGAAACCAAUUGUCGCUCUCAGAUUUGGGAACCACAAUAAGGUUGUGAGUUCGUCAGCUAGGCGAAUAAAGCCGGGAGGAAAACAAACUGAAAGGUCCUACAGAUAA